UAACAUUCCGAACUUCGGGACCAGCAAACUAAAUCUCUCCAUGGAGCAGUUGGUUGGAAUAUAUAACGGAACCAUCAGCCGAUGGAAUGACCCCACGUUUGCAACUAACAAUCCUGCAGGCAAUUUCCCUGCGGAAAAUAUUGUUGUGAUUGCGCGUGCUGAUAAAUCGGGCUCGACGGAUCUCUUCACCUUGGCACUUUCUGCCGUGGACCAGAACUGGAACAGUACCUACGGGCAUUUUUCACAGGGCGUUAAUGACACUGGACAUCCGAUGUACUGGAAUGCUUCCGCGAUAACUUACUACGGUAUGCAGACUCGCGGUGUCUCUGGUUUACUAUUGUCGUUUCAGAACUCCAUUGGCUAUCUGUCUGUGGCCGACGUGCAGGACGGCAUUGUUGAAACCGCUCUCCUUCGUAAUGGAGCCGGAGAAUAUAUGUCUCCUACAUCAGCAGCUGUACAAAAGUCAAUGGAUUAUUUCGCUUCUCAGAAUCCAUCAGCAUUAACAUUUGCUUUGGCAAACAGCGCUGCGUCAGGUUCAUAUCCAAUAGCCGGGUUUACACAUUUUAUCUUAUAUAAAACUCUAAUGACUGACUGUUCGUCAUCAAAAGAACUCGUCCGAUACAUUGACUGGUUUCUGACGGAGGGCACUCCUAGAGCUGACUGUGAAGAUUUAGGAUUUGCUCCACUUAGCCCUGAUAUGACCAGUAGAGUACAAAUCAACGUGGUGCAGCAAAUAAGUUGUGGAGGUAAUAACAUGUGGGCCCAAGUAAUGGCAGAUAAAGAAAGUGAAGGGAAAGUUGUGGAUGACUCCUGGAUAACUCAGGUGGCGAUCGGAGUUCCUAUAGGCACAAUCGUGGUAGGAGCACUGGGAGGUUAUAUACUUCUACAGAAAUUCAAGUAUUGGCGGUUACUUAAUAGAGAUGAUUGGUUAAUUCCUAUUGAAGAUAUUGUAUUUUAUUACGAUAAUAAAAACAAUUCUUCGAACCGAGCUUCAUCCAUCUUUGGACGAUCGGCAAAAUCUUUACAGUCGGCCCAAUCCGAUAUGGAUCGGAGGCAGCUAGACGCUUUGGUGGAUAAGGUGUUACAAUGGCCAGGGAAGUGGAAAGGCUAUGAUAUCGGUGUCCGGUUGCUAGAGAUCCAUCAAAUGCAGAACUUAACCAAAGAAAUGAAACAGGAGAUGCUAAUACUUCGUGAUAAGAUAUCUCACCCUAAUGUGGUUAAGUUCUAUGGACUCACGGUCGUAGACAAUGAAAAAUACUUGAUAGGUGAAUAUUGUCGGAAAGGGUCCUUAGCAGAAGUUUUACAAGAUAAUAAGAUAACAAUGACACCUGAUUUUAAAUUGGCACUGGCUCUAGAUGUGUGCCAGGGGAUGUGUUUCCUUCAUCAUCAACAUCUUGUUCAUGGAAAUUUAAAAGGAGCGGUUUGUUUCGUAGAUGCGAAGUGGACAGUCAAAGUAGGUGAUUGGGAAUUCUUGAGACUGUUAACUCUGAACAACGAAAACUACGCAAUGACUUCUGGAGAAGUUUAUACUGGGAGCUUAACAACUCAAACAACAUCAUCGAGGGAGUUUUGGGUAGCACCGGAAGUUCUGCGAGCACACUUCAAGUGCAAACUAACACCUGAGUCUGACGUGUUUAGCUUUUCUAUUCUAUUGCAAGAGAUAUACACACAAGAAGAACCUUACACUGAACACCUUGGAACAUCAUCAACUAAAGAAGUUGUGCAUGCAAUUUGCUCUAGUAACUUGCGUCCAAAGAUUCAGUUGGAUAUACCCGUGUCUAUUAGACAGAUUAUGGAGAUUGCCUGGACAGACAAUCCAAAUAGUCGACCGUCGUUCGAUCAAAUUCUUAAGCUUAUGAAGCGGAAUAAUCCAUUGAGAAAGUCUGUGAUGGACAGCGUUAUCCAGUCAAUGGAAGAUUACACUCAACAUUUAGAAGAAUGUGUUGAAGAAAAAACUAUAGAAUUGGAGUCAACAAAAAAACAAAUGGAAACUAUGAUGUCUAGUAUCAUGCCGGGAGAGGUAGCCGAUGCUAUAUCGAACGGAAAUGCUAUUGACCAUGACGAAGAGAAAACUAUAGGGGUGAUUUGUGUGGAAAUUACGAAAGAAAACGAUUUUAAAGAUCUACCUUCGAAACAAAAGGUGCAAAAACUGACAAGCAUGUGUAAUUAUUUGGACCGACUCGUGAGCAAAUAUUCUGCAUUCCGGUACAGUUCGUACGGAACGUCUUUUAUGAUAAUUGUAGGGAUGGGGGAUAUUAACAAUAACAACGAAUUGAGCGUCGCAAUGAAAACUGCUCACAUGUGUUUAGAUAUCCUCACUCAUGAAAACAUAGAAGAAUCAAACUGUAAUUCUGAUGAUAUCUGGAUGAUGUCACUAAGUAUAGGGGCCCAUAUUGGCACUUCAACAACGGGCAUUGUGGAAACGGACACACCCCAAUUUGUUCUGUUCAGUGACUUACCCGAAGUUGUGCGAAGUUUGGCCAGAUCUUCGGACUCUUCAAAAAUUCACAUUUCCAUGGAUUUGCGUAAAGCUCUCAUUACAUCGAAUAAUUUUUCAUGUGAAAGAUCGGGACUACUUAUUGUUAGGGGGAUCGAGUAUGAAACAUUUUGGCUGACCGGAAGAACAAGGAAAUUCUCUAACUCCUCGCUUAACAAUAUGCUGACGGCUCGAAAUACAAAAAUCCCCAGUGACACACCAGACGAAGAGGAACCGCUUCUCAGUCCUUCGCCGAAAAACCUUGCAAUGCCCGCCAUGGAGAACGGAUAUGUGAACGAAUCCCGUCCUCCCCCGAGUGACAUUACCAAAAAGUCGUCCCUUGCCAACGACGCCCGCUCAAAUAAAACUGACAAAAAGAUUACUUUCGUGAAUGAAAAUCGGGCCAAAGAAAAUGGCGGUCUUAAAAUGGGGAAUGGAAAGGCCAAAAAUAUGUACCAGAGGCGUCGGACGAAACAAAGAGCGGAUAUGCUACCGGAAGUUAUGGAAGUAACUGUAGAUGUGGAGGAUGAUUUUGCGGAAGUUUAACGAAAUUUGAAAUUUUUAUUUUUAGUAACAUAUUUUAUCUUCAUAGAAGUUCACGUUUAUUGAAAUGUUUCAAAAGGUGUAAACAUCGUCCGUUUCCUCGAGAAAGAUACUGUUGUUGUCUUUUUUUUAUUUAUCUUAAACAUUUCCACGAUAUCUCUAAAAAAAAAAAAUAACUUCCACGCAGGAAAAAAAAAACCAUGCCACCGUACACUAUAUGUAUAUUUUUUUAACAAAAGAGCUUUAAUUCUGUGAGAUAGAGAAAUUGUUCUUCAAAUCUAGAUUGAUUAAUCUAGGUUAAUCUUGCUAAGCAACGGACAUCGUGAAAAAUCUACAUUAAGGAGAAGGCAAUAUUUAUUACUUUUAUAAGACCGGUACAAAACAAAAUAAAUAUAAGUAUCACACAUGCCUGUACAUAUGAAUAAAAAACAGUUAAUGUCUCAUGUUAAUGUUUAUAUACUAUGUUACUGCGGCUGUAUCUAAACUAUGAAGUACAAUAUUCUAAGAAUAAUGGUCUUAAAUUAUAACAGUAUAUUGUACAUGUUUAACAGGAUGUAGUGAAAUCAUUUAUUUCCAUAUUAAAGGGGAUUCCCUCAACAGUGUAACGUUGUAAAUGGACGUAGGGUAUUUAAAAGUAUUUUGUGUGAAGGCAUGUGUAUAUUGCCUUAAAUUCUCGAGAUGAUUUUUAAUAAUGACCCGUAGUUAGAGAGUUAAGUUAAUUACCAAAUUUAAGAUUAGAACGCUUACUUUUAAAUUGUAUUUGAUCAAAUAUACUCAACUCAUUUACAAGUAACUAGUAUGCAACAAUUACUGGUACCUGGCCAAAUAUCCUUUUUCCUUCUUAAAAUUAUCUCUUUUAUGAUAUGUGUAGGACAUUUGGUCUUAAAAUAUAAUCAUCUGAAGAAAUGAAAUAAAACCGACUUUCAGAUAAAGGAAUGAGAAACAACACAUUUUCACUUUCAUUUACAUUGUAUUUGUGCAUCAGAAAUGUAGAAAGACGUGUAAAAUAUAAGCAUUUAUGCCAAAGAAUUUCAAUCUUUUCCCAGACCCUUGUGUGGUUUUUUUUUUCCAUUUAUCUUUAUUGUACACAGCAUCACACUGAUAUAGGUCCGACUGUUUUAGCAUGUUUGAAAUACAUGAAAGUAAAAUCAAAAGUAGAUGAAAUAUUCACUAAAAGUGAUCGUUAGCUGUAUGCUUUGUCAUGUUGUAAAUUUUGAAUUUACCGGGUGUCAGUAAAUACAAAAUUUACAAGUUGUCAUAUAAAUUUUGUAUUUACUGCCAACCGGUAAAUUCAAAAUUUGCAACAUGACAACUUAUUGGGAAAAAAAAUCAUCUGCUGGACAGCAAGUGAAAAUGUAAUUAAAACAAAGCAAAUUAGUAAAAUUACCAAACAGGUCAAUUCUUUGUAUUUUUAAAAGAUACAUGUACAUGUUUUGAAAUAUGUGUGAGAAAACUAAAAAAAGAUAUGCAAACAGUUUCUUACAAUGAGGUAAAAUUAUUACAGUUAUAAGAAGAGGGGGAGAAUUUUCAUGUUAAUGUUUUUCUAAGAGUUGUGAUGCUUUAUAAGGUUUCUUAUUGAAUAUUUCUUAUUAAAAGUAAUUGAAUAAAUCACUAAAAAGAUUAGCAAAAAACGAAUAGUCUUAAAAAGGGACCUUGUAGAUCUUUUAGUUUAUUAUAGAGAAUAAGUGAAAAUAGUUGGUUACCUUAAGUAAAUGACCAUUUUUUCUCAAACCUUAAUUUAUUGUAUCAAUUUAUUGUAUGCUUUUUCUCACAUGUUACCCAGUUUAUUGCUAUACAUGUAUAUGAGAGUUUAUAUGGUGUUUAUCCAUUUAUCACACAUUUUAACUUUCCUUAAAUAUUGAUUGAUUUGUCGAAAUUUUGAAAUCAACAUGUAAAAUGUGAACACCUUGCAUGUUUGUUCAGUAUUUUAUUUAUGAUGAAAAAUUGCAAGUGUUGGUCCCAUUGGUAUUUCAUGUUAAAAUAAUGUGAGACCCAUGGUUUUCUUUUAUGAAAAAAGCGAUUGUUCGAUGUUCAUUUGUACCAGCCCAAUUUUUGCCAUAUAUUUUGCCUGGUUCCUAAUGAAGUAUUCUAAAAUUCACUGAAUUAGUUGUUUUGAUGGUUGCAUUAAUAUUUGCAAUCAAUUAGUAUGUCUUUAUACCGUCUUUGAUUGUAUGCGGGCGGGAUACUUCAUUUUAAUUAAUAAUUUGAUUGAACUUUAUUUUAUGUAUGAAUUUUGGUUUAAUGGUACGUUUUUUUAAAAAAAAAAGUUGACAUACCAUCAAUUUUGUUGGAGCAAUUAGAAAAUAUGAAUUAAAUUAUA